AUGCUGACUUCUUUUUGUACUCAUUGCUUUUACUGUUUUAAUUACUACACUAUCUUUCUUUUUUUUCUUUUCUUCUUCCGUAUUUACUUUCCUCGUUCCUUUUGCUUUUGUUUAUUUCUUCUUUCUUUUCUCUUACAUUAUUUUCUUUUCAUUUUUGAUUUUGUUUCUUUCUUUUCUCUUUCUUUUUCUUUCUUUUUUAUUUUGUUUGUUUCUUUCUUUCUUUUCUUUUUCUUUUCUUUCUUUUUUGAUUUUCUUUGUUUCUUUUCUCUUUCUUUUUCUUUCUUUUUUAUUUUGUUUCUUUCUUUCUUUCUUUUCUCUUUCUUUUCUUUCUUUUUUGAUUUUCUUUGUUUCUUUUCUCUUUCUUUUUCUUUCUUUUUUAUUUUGUUUCUUUCUUUCUUUUCUCUUUCUUUUCUUUCUUUUUUGAUUUUCUUUGUUUCUUUUCUCUUUCUUUUUCUUUCUUUUUUAUUUUGUUUCUUUCUUUCUUUCUUUUCUCUUUCUUUUCUUUCUUUUUUGAUUUUCUUUGUUUCUUUUCUCUUUCUUUUUCUUUCUUUUUGGAUUCGACUUUCUUUUUCUUUUUGUCUUCAUAAUUUCCUUUUUUUCUUUUCACUAUUGUAUUCUUUUUCUUUGAUUGAUUUCUUAACACUUUUUUCUUUUGCCUCCGUUUAUUUGGCUUCAGCUUUCUUUCUUUGUGUUUUUCACAUUCUUUCUCUCUUCUACUUCUUCUUUCUCUUUUUCCUUCUUUUCUUCUUUGUCCUAUUCGCACACUUUUUUUUCAUUGCAUUUUAUCGCCUACGUCUGAAUUUUUCUUUGUGUGUUUCUUUCUUUCGUCUUUUCUCUCUUUCUUUCUUUUCAUUUUACACAUUCUUCACUUUAUUUGUUUUCUUCAUUUACUUUUCACCAGUCUUUCUUUCUUUCUUUGCUUUCGUCGCUCAUUUUUUCCUUGCUUUCUUUUAUUUUUUUCAUCUGUCUUUUUCUUUGUUCAUUUCCUUUUUCUUUCUUUUUUCUUUCUUUUUUUUUCUAUUUUACAAAUUCUUCGUCUUUUUCUUUUUCUUUUCAUCUUUCCUUAUUUCUUUAUUUUUUCUUUCUUUCUUUUUUCUUUCUUUUUUUUUCUAUUUUACAAAUUCUUCGUCUUGGCUGCUUUUUUCUUUUUCUUUUCAUCUUUCCUUAUUUCUUUAUUUUUUCUUUCUUUAUUUUUUCUUUCUUUUUCUUUCUAUUUUACAAAUUCUUCGUCUUGGCUGCUUCUUUCUUUUUCUUUCCAACUUUCCUGCUUGCUUUCUUUCUUUUUCCUUUUUAUUUUACAAAUUUUUCGCUUUUAUUGCCUUUUUCUUUUCCUUUUCAUUUUUCCCUCUUUCUUUCUGUUUUCUUUCUUUAUUUAUUCAUUCUUUCAAAUUUAUCUCGUUACUGCUUUCUUUCUUUUUUUUUUCUGAAUACGUUGUUUUUUCUUUUCCCAUUAUUAAAUGCUAUUUAAUAGUUCGUACUCCCCAUUGUUUUCCCCAGUCUAGUAGUCUUCCUUAUUACUUGUCCAAUUUAACCGAAUAA